UGUGUCUGGUUUCAUCCAUCAGAUGCCUGUGAUCUCACACUGGACCCAAACACAGCAAACAGACUCCUCUCUCUGUCUGAGGAGAACAGAAAGGUGACAUGUAGGACAGAGGAACAGCCGUACCCUAAUCACUCAGAGAGAUUUGAGGUCUGGCCACAGGUGCUGUGUAGAGAGGGUCUGACUGGGCGCUGUUACUGGGAGGUAGAGAUGAGUGGGAGAGGUGCUGAUAUAGGAGUGACAUAUAAUGGAAUCAGAAGGAGAGGAUUGGGUAAUGACUGUGGGCUUGGAUACAAUGACAGGUCCUGGAGUCUGUUCUGCUAUGACAACAGUUAUAGAGCCUGGCAUAAUCACAAUCUCACUAUCAUAGACGUCCCCGCCUCCAGCUCCCACAGAGUAGGAGUGUAUCUGGACUGGCCAGCCGGCACUCUGUCCUUCUACAGAGUCUCCUCUGACACACUGACCCACCUGUACACAUAUCACACCACAUUCACUGAGACCCUCUAUCCAGGGUUUAGGGUUUGGUAUGGAGACUCCUCAGUGUCCCUGUGUCAGGUGGUUUCACUCUAAUCCUGGUCAUGUUCAGUAAGACACACUGGAGCAACAAUGUAGAAUAUCUCUAGUGUGUAAACAUAUGAUUGUAAAUAUUCAUGAAUAAACACCAUUGAAGUUGACAGACAUUGUCAACUGGAGUCUAAUAGAAUGAAUCACCACACUGUGUUGUAAAAAAUGUUUUAAUUUACAAACUAUUUGUCUUGUUGUUAUUGGGCUUCUUGGUGUUUGUACAUAUUGUUGUCUGUUGAAUGUUUAUUUGUCAAAUUCUUGACACAACAAUCAUGUUUCUGUAUCAACUCAAAUACACUGAAUGAAAUGUACAUGUGACAGAUGUGACUAAUAAAGUUAAUCAACCA